AUGGAGCUAGCAAAUCGCUUCCCGGAGGGCAAAACUAGAAAUGAGGUGGGGUAUUUUGAAAUUCAGCCGCUCUGUGAGGAGUUACCCACUCCUGUGAUGCUUGGUGUCUUUGAAACCCAAUCGAUCGUGACUGAGCUUGUGAACAACGUCUCGGAACAUUUCCAACCCCCUGUUGUGGAUCUCGAGCCAACUGAACGCAGUCGAGCGAGUGUGCUGUCCAAAGUCUCCGAAGUUAGAAUAUGGAAGAUAUUUACCGAUAAUCCUACUGGAUGUUGGUGA